AGGUCACACCACUAGUCCUUGGGUGGAUAUCCACAAAGAAUCCUUGCAAAUUGUCCUUCCAAGCUGCUGCUACCGUAUAAGCAACUGAAUCUCUCUGGCUAAGUUUGUUGCUUUUUUGGGGAGGUGGGGGAAACCAUAGAAAGACUUUUGAACGCUGCUAUGUAUUCUUUGGUUGCUAAGUAAAUGCAAGGGAUUGUUAUGGUAAUUCUUGUCUCCUCCCUCUAGUGGCUGUAGACCGUUUUCAUGAAGAUUCUGAAACUAUAGCUGUUUCAGACAAACGUCCUCGUCUCGUUUCUAGGCGACAGAUAUUCAUUUUUGGCCACCAGGAGGAUUGAUCAGUCAUGCCAGAAGCAAAUUUACAACCCUCUACUGAAGGAGUGUGCUUGACAAUAUCUCUUAUUGUCCAGAGGAAUAUGCCAGUACCAGUAAAGAAAGAGGACCCAGAGAAAAUAUCUGAAGCCUUGACUUCUAUACAGGUCCUACGGCUAGAUAGAGAAAGAAUUAGCUGCAUUACCAACCUGCCAGAAUUCAAACAUGUCCACAGCAUCUAUUUACAACAGAAUCAAAUAAAGAAAAUUGAAAACUUAAACUGCUUUCCAAACUUGAAGUUUCUGUCAUUAUCUGGGAAUUACAUCAACAAAGUAGAGAGCCUCCAACCCCUCCUCAAGUUGAAAUUUCUGGAUCUUUCACAGAAUUGCAUUGAUACUUUAGAUAUAGAUGAGCUGCCCCUGAACCUUGCAAUCCUUGACCUGACUGGAAAUAAAUGCAUGAAUCAAAAAGGCUACAGAGAGAGUGUGUUGGCAGCUCUGCCCAAUUUGAUAGAACUGGACCACAAAGGCAUCCCAAAGCAGAAAGUCAUUCUCCAAAAUAAUGAAGAGGAGGAAAAUAGCUCAGAAGAGAGUGAUUAUGAGGACUGUCCAGAACUCUUUCAGCCGCUGAGCACAGAAAAAGACUUUUUUGUUGAUCUCCAUAAUGAAUUCAGUAGCCGCUCAACCCGGCGGAGAGAGACAGCAAUGAGGGAACAUGAAGUCCGUCUGGAAGAGCUGAGGCAACGACAGAAUCUGAGACAGCUUGUGUUCAACACCAGUGAAAGUAGAACUGAACCCCUAAGUUUACUAGAAUCAACAUCUCCAGUUCUAAAUGAUCUACCUCAAACUGCGAACCAUUUGGUUUUGAAUCCACCACAAAGAACAGAGAAUCCAACAGUUGAUGCAGGAUUGAAUAUUCCAAAAGAAAAAAAUGAAGGAGCGAUUCAGACCCAGCAGAAAAUAGCAAAAGGAAAAGUAUCUAGUGCAGCUAAAACUGCAAACAAGAACAUAAAAAAAUGAUAUUUUGUUGAAACAUUAUUUUACUUAUGUAAUUCCUUUAUUUAAGCAAACAAAUAUACUCCCUUUCAUUUGUGAA